GGGAGUGACGGGCGCAGGCGCAGUGGAGCGCAGCGACAGCGGGACGGUCCGGGCGGCGGAGAGCGCAGGACCAACACCCCGUGCUUUCUCCAGAAAUACUCCAAAACGCUGGUGAUGUGCUGUCUGCCGGGAUGGAGAUGCUGGGCUGCCUCCUCUUUCAUCGCUAUUAAAAUACACCCUCUCGCUGGUGGCAUGGGGAGAAUGUUGCAUAUGAGGCCGGAAUGUGUUCCCAGCUCUUGCUGGAGGAGCAGCAAGGUACUGACAAGGAGUCAAAACCAGGACUAGUACCCUAAUCCUACCAUUGACUUGCUGUGUGAUCUUGGCUUUAUCUUCACGUUACAGAACAGUGUUGGGAAUCCUGCUCACCUGAGGAGCUGCAGGAAAAAGUUCUAGGAGUGCUUCUAAUUGCUGCUGUCCCUGGGUCCCUGCCUGCCAGUCACUAUGUACUGCCUUCAGUGGUUAUUGCCUGUCCUCCUCAUUCCUAAACCCCUCAACCCAGCUUUGUGGUUCAGUCACUCAAUGUUCAUGGGCUUCUAUCUGCUGAGUUUCCUCCUGGAGCGGAAGCCAUGCACAAUCUGUGCCUUGGUCUUCCUGGCAGCCUUGUUCCUCAUCUGCUACAGCUGCUGGGGGAACUGCUUCUUGUAUCACUGCAGUGGCUCCCAACUGCCUGAGUCUGCUCAUGAUCCCAGCAUAGUCGGUACCUAAAAGUACCUCCAGCUUGCUGACAGCUCUGGGUUUGCUUUUAAAGAGGGAGGGUUGGGUGAGGUUGGGGGCGGGGGGAGGGAGGGCUUGUUAGGCAUGUGACUGAAGUACAAGCAGCCUGUUUUCUAUAACGUGUGUGGACUACAGCGGCAAAUUCCUGACCAGCCCUCCCACUUUGCCUAUGAAAUUUGAUGUCAGUUGUUUACUGUGUGAAUUCUGGCACUGCUACCUGCUUUUAGAAGCAGAAGAGUUAUGUUUUCCUUUCCCUUAAUUCUGGGAAUGGACACUGGCCCUCUCCUCUGAGAAGUGGUGGAAGAAGGACCUGUCCAGCUGUUGCAUGCUGGUCAUCUGUGUUUGUCUCUCAGUUGUCUGUAUAAGGCCACAGCUGUCUCUGUGGGAGCCUUGGGCCCACCAGUUCUGCUGAAGCGGUUGGAAGAUUCUCCAUGUUGCUGUUUGCGGGGGAGCUAGUCUUCAUUGCACUGCUGUUCAAGGGGAUUUGCAACAGUUAACAGAUACACUCAGCUGAAAGCUGCUGGAGCCAGAGAUUGCUGAGUCGUCAUCUCCUGCUCAUCAUGCCAAAUUGAAAAAUGUGCACUGCCCAAGUGCUUUCUGAACUACUUGCAUUCUCCCAGAUCAUAACUGAAAAAAUUUUGAGUUGUCAUGAUGCUGCUUUUGAAGCGCUUCUCACAGGCAUCAAAGCCUGCCUCCCUCUCUGCUGGGAUUUCCAGUUGACAGAGGUCUUGACUCUUUGGAUACAAAGCAUGCUCUGCUGUGGUGUUUGGGGUUGUUUUAAUUUCACUGUUAGUUGAAAACUGUCAGCAUUCCUAGCUGGAAUGAUGAGGUGGGAGCAGGGAGGGAGGAUUCAAAGUUUUUAGUAAGCAUGAUGUGGGGUGGUUCAAAAUAGCAAACGGUUGUAUCCAUUUAACUGACAGUGUUUGCAGGCCGGGACUGUCUGUGCAUUUUCUUGUGUCCCAAGCAAACCAGCUGCUGGUAAUGUGCAAUGGAGGGAGGGAGCAGUCCUGGGAUCUCUGUUCUCUCCUGGCAGGCUGGUUUUGGGGAGCCUAGGGGAGGUUUCCCUAGUGGCACAUGCUGUACAGCUUGCUUUCCUGCUCAUCUGUUCCAAUGCAUAGCAGCAGCUCCCAGAGGGAAUGGUGUUCCUUGCUGUGGCAAAUGUUUGCUUGUGAGAAACUUAACCGGUUCUUGAAAUACACUGGGUCUAUCCACUUUCAAGGUUAUGUUCCUGUCUGCCAUCCAUUUGUCUCCACACAAGCUUCUCCUACUGGAGAGCAGCAGAGAUGGUUGCUGCUCUCUCAAGGGAGAUUAAAACUAAAACCAGCUGUGAAACUUCCAGAGCAUUGUAUUAUUUGUUCACUGCACAGCUGUUCACAAUGUUCAAUAAAGCUUUAUAAACUUUGGUCUA